CGAUCGACAUGCUUCUUGGAAUAAUCCGGAAGUUGUUUUUUCCCAUCUCUUGAAUAUUUCUCUCUAACGCUACUUUUACCCUAACAUGAUGGAGCUGUUAAUAGCCGCCGACGCAACGCCUCCUCUGUCCGUGCUUGCUACGGCGGAAGUUGCCGGAGUUUCUCUCACGGUCAAUCUCAAUCCAACUCUCACCGUCGGCUCUCCGCCUGUCCUUCUUCUAACCGACGGGUAUCCCUUAUUUUGUUUUCUGUAUUUCGAGUUUGAUUCAACUUAAGAUUAGAUUCAGCAAAUACAUCCUAAAAAUUGUUGGAAGUUACUUUCAUAUAACUUCCCUCCUUGCCUUUGAUAAAUGUUCUCUUGAGAUAAUGUGAGUCAAAUAGAGUCUUUCCAAUGAAGAUUGACGUAAAUUAUAAGAUGCAAUGGAUUUUGCCAAGAAACUAGUAUUAGCAAUAUUCGGUUUCUAUUGAUUUGUUUUAGGAUGAAGCUACGUGGAACAAAUGUAAUUGUCAAGUAUCUUGGUCGCACAUCAACAACCGUUCCUAACUUGUAUGAGCGUGAUGCCUUUGAAACUGGGCAGAUUGAUAAGUGGCUGGAGUAUGCCCCUAUCUUGUCUCGUGGUUCAGAAUUUGAGUGCGCAUGCAAAUAUGUUGAUGGGUAUUUGCUGCAUCGCACUUUCUUGGUUGGUCAUAGUUUAUCGCUUGCAGAUAUUACUAUCUGGUCGUAUCUUGCAGGAGCUGGUAAGAGAUGGGAAAGCUUAUUGAAGUCAAAAAAGUACCAAAACUUGGGUCGAUGGUACACCAUGAUAUCUACACAACAUGCUGCUGUAGCAUCAGCAUCUUCAAAGAAAAAAGAGCUCAGUUGUUCAACAAAUGUAAAAGGUGAUGACGAUGAUUCCAAUCGCCCUGAAGCCGAUCUUCCAUAUGCCGAGAUGGGAAAAGUUUUGUUGAGAUUUGCACCUGAACCAAGUGGGUAUCUCCACAUAGGCCAUGCGAAAGCUGUUUUAUUGAACCAAUAUUUUGCUCAGAAAUACAAAGGGAAGUUAUUCCUACGGUUUGAUGACACAAAUCCUGCAAAAGAAAGCAACGAAUUUGUUGAUAAUAUUUUAAUAGAUAUCGCGACAUUAGGAAUCAACUAUGAAAAAAUCACAUAUACUUCCGAUUACUUUCCGAAUCUCAUGGAAAUGGCUGAAAAGUUGAUUAAAGAAGGGAAAGCAUACGUCGACGACACCCCCAAAGAACAGAUGAGAUACGAGCGAGACAAGAAAAUAGAAUCAAAGUGUCGGAAUCAGAGUGUCGAUGAAAACCUCAAGCUAUGGAACGAGAUGGUUCUUGGAACGGAAAAGGGAGUUGAAUGUUGUUUAAGAGGAAAAUUGGACAUAACCGAUAACAAUCUAAAUUACCAACUUAGUUCGGUAGGUUUUUUUUUUUUUUUUUUUUUUUUUUUUUUUUUUUUUUUUUUUUUUUUUAAUGAUGAAAUUGAGAAGGAAUGGAAUGGAAUGUUUGUUUCGUGUUGGAAUGGAAUGGACCAAUCCUAAACAAAGUUUCCUUCUGUUUUGUUAAUUUUUCACCCCUUAAUCAUUGAAUGGAAUGAAAAUUUGCAAUACAAUUUUUUUUAACAAAAUUUGAUGAUUUCAGUUAACUUACGUUUUCAUUUUCUAAAAAUAACAACAAUACUUAAUAUUCUUUUUUCACAGGGAGCAUCAAUGAAUCUGAAUCUCAUGGAAUGGGACAAACUCUGGAAUAUUAACAAAAAAAUGAUCGACCCUGUUUGCCCCAGACACACUGCAAUCCUUGAAGAGAACCGUGUCUUGUUGACUUUAUUAGAUGGGCCCCACAGGCCAUUUGUGCGUGUCAUACCAAAGCACAAGAAAUACACAGCUGCAGGGGAUAAAACCACCACUUUCACAAAUAAGAUUUGGAUAGAACAAGCCGAUGCCAAGGCCAUAUCCCCUAACGAGGAAAUUACGUUGAUGGACUGGGGAAAUGCGAUUGUUAGAGAAAUCAACAAGGACAAAAACGGAAAUGUGACCGAGUUAACCGGGGUUUUGCAUCUUGAGGGAUCGUUUAAGACCACGAAACUGAAACUCACAUGGUUGCCUGACACUAACGAGCUUGUUCCAUUAACUCUAGUGGAGUUCAGAUACCUAAUCACGAAAAAGAAGCUGGAAAAUGAAGAGGAUAUUGUUCCAGUGGCGAACAAGGAUACAAAGAAAGAGGUUGGGGGUGUUGGGGAUUCAAACAUGAGAAGGCUGAAGCGUGGAGACAUAUUGCAGUUGGAGAGGAAAGGCUACUUCAGAUGCGAUGUUCCUUUCAUAACACCUUCAAAACCCAUUGUUCUCUUUGCUAUUCCAGAUGGCAGGCAAACUGCAACCAAAUAAUAAUAAUAAUAAUAAUAAUAAUAAUAAUAAUAAUUAGUAAACAUGGAUUGAUUUUGGGACUACUACCCUUUUUAAUAUUGCAGUUACUUACUUUUGCUAUGUUUAUUCUUUCUUCAAAUUAAUUCUUAACCUCAUGUAUAUAUUAUAAACUCACCAUA